AUGGCCAUCUGUAUCACGGAGGCGCUGUCUUUCCUGCACUACUCGGGACACGUGCUGCACCGCAACGUCUGCCCCUCCAGCAUCCUCGUCACCAAGAAGGGCACCUGGAAGCUGGGCGGCCUCGAGUUCACCGAUCGCGUGAACGACAUGGACGGCCUGGAGUCGGUGCCGUGCCAGCCGUGGUCGAGCCGCCUGCCCAAGAUGGCGCAGCCAGACCUCGACUACAUCGCGCCCGAGGUGCAGACGACGUCGUCGUGCAGCAUCCUGAGCGACAUGUUCUCGCUGGGCAUGGUCAUCUGCUCCAUCUUCAACCAGGGCCGUCCGCUCAUACAGGCGAACCACAGCGCGUCCACCUAUCUCAAGCAGCUAGAAGUGCUGGAGGAGCAGGUGCACAACGUGCUGCCGCGGGUGCCGGUGCCGCUGCAGGAGGCGGUGGUGCGCCUGCUGAGCCGCGACACGCGCCAGCGGCCCACCGCGCAGCUGCUCUCCCUCAUCAAGUACUUCAGCGACCCCUCGGUGCACGCGCUUCAGUUCCUGGACGUGAUCAACAUGAAGGACCCCACCCAGAAGUCGCACUUCUACCGCAACACUCUCAAGGACGUGCUGCCCUACGUGCCCAGGAAACUGUGGUUCCAGCACGUGUGGCCGAGCCUGCAGCAGGAGAUGAAGACGCAGGAGGUGCUGGCCGCCGUGCUGCAGCCCAUCAUCUUCCUGGUCCAGGAGUGCACCAUCGAGGAGUACGAGUCCAUCAUCCUGCCCGCCUUCAGGAGCGUCUUCUCGAUCCCGAAGUCGAUCCAGGCGACGGUGACUCUGCUGGAGAACCUGCACGUCAUCCUGGAGAAAACCCCGCGGGACGACAUCCGCAGCGAGGUGCUGCCCAUGCUCUACAACGCCUUCGAGAGCACCACCAUACAAGUGCAGAGCGCGGCCCUGGUGGCGGUGACGAACGUGUCCGAGUACCUGGACGAGACGGCCGUGCGGCGCAUGGUGCUGCCCAAGACCAAGGCCGUCUACGAGAAGAACACGGCCGACCUCAAGCUCGUGAUGAACGUGCUGAGCUGCAUCGAGAAGACGCUGGACAAGCUGGACAAGUCGCAGAUCAUCGACGAGGUGCUGCCGCUACUCUGGGACGUCCGCCUCGCCGACCCCGAGAUCACCAUCCGCGUCGUCAACAUCUACCGGCUAAUGCUGAGCGACAAGAAGUACGGCCUGUCGGUGAACCUGAUGGCGACCCGCGUGAUGCCGUCGUUGCUGCCGCAGACGGUCAACCCCAGCCUCAACCUCGACCAGUUCACCAACCUCCUCGAGGUACUGCAGGAGAUGCUCGACCACAUCGACAGGAACCAGCGCAACAAACUGAAGUUGGACAACCUGACACUGCCGAGCCCAGAGCGCCACCGCCCACUGCGUCACCAGUACAGCUCAGAUAACAUGCACGUGCCACCCUUCAACAUCCCCAACCUGCGCAUCGAGCAGCGCAAGACCUCCAGUGCUGAGGACAUGGCACGCAAGAACUCAGCUGACUCAGGUGUGCUAGGUGGCUGGUGGUUUGGUGCAUCACCAUCAUCGCCAGACAGCAACUUCCUGCGUGUACAUAAUGCCUUCCCCAACCGGCGGCUGUCGGACAAUGCACUCAUGAUGCCACCCAAGAUCCGCGUGGCACCUAGCUGCGCCUCAUCGCCUGGUGGCACGCCUGGCGGUGGCCUGCCCGUGCGCCGGCAUUCCAGCAUUGGCCCACAGGAGCGGCGUGGGUCUGCUGUCAACCUGUCGCCACCAACGGGCCUCCACUACAGUUCAGUGUCCAGGGAAGGUUCCAGUCUGUCUGUGCCAUCGACGUAUCUUGCACGGAGCAUGAUCGUGAGUACCAUCUCUGUGGAAACAGCAAUGCUGUAUGUUUUGGUGUUGUCUGCUGAUGUUUGCAUUUCAGUCACAAUUAUUACCAUUGCUGCCUCAAGUAAUUUUGAAGUAUAUCAUCUAAUUAAGAUGUUAUGCCUUGUUUACAAAGGAGGGGUUGAAGGAUAG